GUCUCGCGAGACUUGGAAGCGCAGCUGAGACGAGAGAGAUUCCGCUGAGAGCUGCUUACUCGAGCGUGUGACGCUUCUCUAGCGAGAUGCGAAGAAUUCAAUCUCAGUUAUCAGCACGAAUCAUUAGUAAACGUGUCUAAAUCUCCGACAGGAUCAGUAAUGGAGGUCAACUCGAGCGGCGCGUCUCCUAAAGAGGAGGGCGAGCUGGAGGACGGAGAAAUCUUCGACGACGAGCCGCAGAGGCAGAACUCGAGGCCUCCGCGACGCGCCCGGCCCAACCGGCCCGCGAUGAACAAGAGAGCGCGUUUACCGGGACCGGGGCUCAACAACAACGCCCCGCUGCCGCUGAGAGCCCCUCACCCGCCCUUCCCCUUCGACGCGACGCCGCGGUCCGGCUUCUGGGAGCGCAGUCACGGCGCGUUGGGCCGCUUCAGGUGCCGCGACUGGACCCGCGACUGGACGGAGAACCGCGGCUGUAGGAUCGAGUCUCCCGGGCGGAAGCAGAAGCCGGCGGGCAGGAGUCAGGCCAGGAGGGCCGGGAACAGCUUCCCGAAAGCCCCGGCCGUGGACGAGAGCUUCGAGGUGCUGCUCCUGAAGUACAAGCAGAUCCAGCUGGAGCUCGAGGUGAUCCGCAAGGAGGAGCGCAUGGCCCUGAAGGAGGAGCCGGAGCCAGAGCCCGCCGCGGCCCCGCCGGAGGAGACGAAGGCGCAGGAGGAGAAGAGAGCGUUCCAGGCCUUCAACCUCAAGCCUCUCAGGCAGAAGCUGCUGACGCCGGCCGAGAGAGACGCGCUCAACACCGGCAGACCCGAGAGAGACGCUCUGAACGCAGAAAGAGACGCGCUGACCACCAGCAGACCCGAGAGAGACGCGCUCAACAGAGCCGAGCCGAGGCCCGACGGCGACCAGCAGAAGGACGUACAGGAUCACGCUGUGAAGGAAGAGGAGUGUGAACCAGACCUCAACAUCUCACCAGUGUCUGACGAGAGUCCAGGCGGCCCAGCCAAGAUGACGGAGGAGGACGAGCUGUCGGAGAUGCAGCUGAGACUCCUGGCUCUACAGUCCGCCAGCAGAAAGUGGCAGCAGAAGGAGACGCAGGUGUUGAAGGAGAGCAAGGACAAGAUCUCCCGAGCCGUCAGAGCGCCGCAGGACAAGAGCGAGAGCGACCGGAGCAAGCCGAGCAGAGGGAACGCCCUGAGCCGACCGCAGGAGGGAGUGAGAGCCGCCAGAGCCACGCCGGACAAGAGCCGAGUGAAGAAACCAGCUCACCUGACCAAGCAGGCGUGGAGGAAGCAGCAGCUGCGCACCUGGAAGCACCAGCAGGAGCAGCAGAGACACCAGCAGGAGGAGGAGGAGGAGCGGAGGAAGAGGGAGGACGAGAUACGCAAGAUCCGAGACCUGUCCAACCAGGACGAGCAGUACAACCGCUUCAUGAAGCUGGUGGGCUCCAGGCAUCACGCGCGCAGCAAGUCCUCAGACGGCGAGCCGAGGAAACUGGCCAAGCAGAGCCUGGACUCCUCCGGGAACCUCUACCAGUACGACAACUAUGACGAGGUGGCGAUGGACACGGACAGUGAGCCCAGCUCUCCAGCUUCGUCGCCGUUGCGUGAUGAUGCGUUUCCUGUGUUUCCUCUGGAGUCCACACCUCACAGACAGGGUGUGUGUGUGCAUCAGAUGGAGCUCGUCUGCCCGGCUCCUCCUCUUCCUCCACUGCCGCCCCCUGAUGAAGAUGAGCCGCCACCCAAACCUCCUUUCGCUGACGAGGAGGAAGAGGAGGAGAUGCUGCUGCGGGAGGAGCUGCUCAAAGCCCUGGCCAGCAAACGGGCCCGCCCAGAGGAGUCCAGCACCAGCGGGCCGCCUUCUCCUGCACUCAGAGCUGUGGUUCAGCCCAGGAACAACCUCUCCUCGGUCAGCCUGAACGCCGUGACCUCACACGCACGAGCGCUCCGGUUCAUCCGGGCACACCCCGUGCCCAAAGCCCCGUUCCUGCUGCCCCGACACAAGGCCGUGGUGGUGCGCCUGAACGCGUCUGAUGACAGCGACUCUGAGGGUGAGAGCGAAAGCCCCGCUCAGACCGUGUUCGGGGGCCUGGAGUCCAUGAUUAAAGAGGCUCGCAGGAGCGUAGAGGCGGCCAAGCCCAAACACUCGGUGUGUGAGAAGGAGAAUAACCCGGUGAAGAGUGCGGGAGCUGCUGUGAAGGACAAUCAGCUGUUCCGAGACGACACGGCCAGUCUGGAGAAGCAGAGGUCGGGCCGGCUAGAGCUCGGGGUCGUCCCGUACACGCACACACACUCUCCUGUGGGAUCAGACUCAGAGCUGGAGCUCAUGGGCAGAGUGGCCGACCUGCAGGAGAAGUUCGAUCAACACAGGGCGCAGCUGUGUAAAGACGAGGCACUGCUGAAGCAGCUCCAGCUCCAGGAGCUGAAGAAGAGAGAGUGUGUGCGCGCGGCCGAGGGGAAAGUGUUGCGGCUGAAGGAGCAGCUGCUAGCAUCAGAGAAGAUCGCGAGCGCUAACAAGGUGUUGCUGAAGAAGCUGCAAGAGCAGGUUCAGAGAGUUCAGCACCGCGUGAGCUUGAGGAAGCAGCAGUCGCUGAAGCUGAAGAGAGAUCUCGAUCAGGCCACACUGACACGCAGCUCCAGCGCCGCCAGCUACCCGCCGGUGAAGGUGCGGCGCGUGGAUCACUCGGACGUCCACUACGCCGAGCUCAUCGCGCAGAAGCAGCGUCUGCAGCAGCUGGAGGCUGAAUACGCCCAGAAGAUCCAGAAGCUGAAGGAGGCGCAGGCGCUCCGGCAAGCUGAACCGCGGGCCGCCCCCCCGCCGCCGCCCGGCGCUCUGUACCCGCUGCCCCAGCCCUCGCUGCACGACCUCACGCAGGACAAGCUAACCCUGUCCAGCGAGUGCGCGGAGGCGGAGGAGGACGAGCAGGUUCCCGCCGCGGCGACGCCCACCGCCCGCCGCCGCUCCUUCAGGGAGUCCGGCUCCUUCACCAAACCCAAGCUGUGCCACCCGGAGACGCCCGCCGCCUCGCCCAUGCCCGUCAAACCGGCUAAAGCGGAGCUGCUGCUGGGCCUGGACCUGGAGGACCUGCGCCAGAGGUACACGCUGAGCCCCGCCCUGCCCGAGCUCCUGCGCGAGGAGGCGCGCUCGCUCCGGGACACCGCACAGCCCCCUGGGAAGGUGGUGCAGGUGGACUUCGAUCCCAGGGUCGCUCAUCAGAGCCGAGUGGAGGCCAAGCCAGAGCCGUUCGGACCGUAUCACAGUCCUUUACUGGUCUUUAAAUCAUACAGGUUCAGCCCGUAUUACCGGACCAAAGAGAAGCUUUCCCUGCGCUCGCUCACCUACAGCAACUCCAUCGAGCCCAAGAAGAGCUUCUGCCGCUUCCACCUCACCGGCACCUGCAACGACGACGACUGCGCCUGGCAGCACAUGAAGAACUGCACGCUCAGCGAGGGCCAGCUGUUCCAGGACCUGCUCUCCUACUGCCUGCCUCUGAUUGGCUGCUCAGACACCAGCGCCACCAGUGACAUCAGCAGCGCCACAGAGAAGUACAUCAAGAAGCUGUUCGGGGCCAAUAAGGACCGGAUGGGCACGGACCAGAAGGCCGUUCUGCUCGUGAGCAAAGUCAACGAGCGGCUGAAGCACAAUCCUCCCUUCACCACGUACAAGUCCCAGAGGAAGUGGAGACCCGAGUCUCAGAGAGCGAAGAGGUCCAGUCAGGAGGAUGAAGAUCACAUCAGCGUGGACGUCACCGUUCCCGUCCGACACGACGGCGUGCAGGAGCGCUGGCCGUGGGCCGAUGUGUGUGUGACGCAGGAUGACAAGCGCUACUUCGCCAGUGAGACGGAUGACAUCAGUAACCUGGAGACCAGCGUGCUGGAGAGCCCCAACCACGUGCAGCUGUGGAUCAAACUGGCCUUCAAAUACCUCAGUCAGAAGGACACCUCGGUGUCGGAGUGUCUGGACGCGGCGCUGAACACGCUGUCGCGCGCGCUGGAGGAUAACCGCGAGCAGGCCGAGGUGUGGUGUCACUACCUGACGCUGUUCUCGCGGCGAGCCAGCAGGGAGGAGCUGCAGGAGAUGUGCGAGAUGGCCGUCGAGCACGCGCCGCACUACGACGUCUGGUGGACCUACAUGAGCGUGGAGAGCGCCUUCGAGGGCAAGGACUACGUGUGCGGGCGUCUGAUCACGCACCUGCUGGAGGAGUCACAUGACCUCGGGCCAGAGGUGCGCUCCUUCCAGCUGCUGGAGUCGCUGCUGUUCAGGGUCCAGCUCAGUGUGUUCAGCGGCCGGCACACCAGCGCGCGGAGCACACUCAAGACCGCGCUGGACUCAAACGUGUCGGGUCACCUGACCGUGGCAGACCGAUGUCUGGCCUGGCUCUCCUACAUCCACCUGGUGGAGUUCUGCCGCCUCCCGCCCUCGCUGUAUGACCCGGCCAGCUCCAGCCCAUCCAGGAUAGUGUGUACAGACGCCUUCCUCAUCCCCUGGAGCCCGGCCCGGGACGGCCACACACCUGACGCCAUCAUCAGCCUGUUUACAGAUGCUGUGAGCCGCUGCACGGAUGAGCGCUUGUCCUCCAGUGAGCAGAUUGAGGCUUGUUUCCCCCUUCACUCAAACCUCAUUCACCUGUACCGGCGGCUGGACAGGUGUGCGGAGGCGGUGUCUCUCUGCGAGCGUCUGCUGGCGGCCUGCCCGCUCUACUGCCCCCUGCUGGAGCUCGCCGGGGAGCUGCUCGUGUGCUCGGGACAGACGGAGCGAGCCGAGGCCCUGUGGACACGCGCUCAUCAGGACCGCGCCGGCAGCGCUCGUGUGUUCCUCCAGCUCUGCAGGUGUUUGCACUCGCAGGGGAAAUGCAGUGUUCUGGAAGAGCUCUUUGACAAGUUCAUGCGCUCUUUCUGUGAAUCUGUACCAGAUCAGCUGAAGUCUCUAGAUGUGCUACGCCAUGUUCUUGGUGUUGAAACUCAAGACUUGCUGAAAGCUCCAACCCUCAGAGAUGAUGUUGAGCAUGAGAUGGAGUACCUGCACCUCCUUCACUGCUUCUGGCAGUCUACCUUUGGCAGUGCGAGAGAGGCCAUUGAUGCGUUCGAGAAGGCUUUGGGAACCAUUACAAAGUUGGAGUUAAUUCACACACUCUGGCUAGACUAUCUGUCCCUCUCCAACAGUAAGAUGAUGGGCGAGCAGCCGAGUGUGCGUGAGCUGAAGAUGUUCACGGGACUGGUGCACCGCUGUCUGGAGACGGUGCCCACCAGACUCACCCUGCCCUUCAGCUCCUCGCAGUACUGGAGCAGCUUCAGCUUCCACAACCAGGUCAUAUCCUUCUGUUUGGGAUGUUUCCCUCAAUCCCAACAUUCCCUUCUCCUGGAAAGAUUUCAGCAUAUCAUGCCAACCAAUACUGAACUGGCCAUAAGGUUGCUGCAGCAGGAAUGGCAGGAUGGCAAUGUUGAACAUUUUAAAUUGCAAAGCAGAAUGUUGUGCAGUAGCGUCCCAACCUGUCUGGCCUUCUGGAAAAUAGCGAUUGCGGUUGAGAAGGAGCAGAGGCAGCGAGCAGAGGUCCGGCGGCUCUACCAGCAGGCGCUCCAGAAACUGCCCCUGUGUGCUGCUCUCUGGAAAGAUUGUUUGCUCUUCGAGGCGGCAGAAGGAGGUAAAACUGACACACUGAAAAAAAUAAUUGACAAGUGCCAAGAGGUGGGAGUGAGUCUGAGUGAGCCGCUAGGGUUAGAGCCGAGCCACAGCGAGUGACAUGACACCACACUAGCCCAGCCAGACUCUCUCACACACACACUCACACACACGCUCACAGAUCACACUCAGUGUUACGAGCAGAACCCAGUCCAGACACUGAGCUGCCAAUUAUCCAGUAUUUGGGCGUCUUUUGACAUCAUGUACGUAAGUAUAACUCUGUUGCCGAUACCUGUUGCUUUUGAUUUGCGUGUUCCAUUUGUACACCAACACUUUUAAUUUGACGUAUUUUUCUUUAACGUCGCCAUAGUAGUUGACGGACUGUGACUGUUGAAGGUGGCUUGCCUCCUUCCUCUCUAUAUAGUUUGUUGUUUCUUCUCAUGGCGUCUCGACCAUGUCUCAUGAAGAAUAUGAACUCCGCUGGAGAGUUUAAGGGCUCCGCACAGUGUUUUUCUUUUCUUUAGUUUUUUGUUGUUGUUUUUCUACUCCUUCUCCAACCAUGGAUUAAUGGCUGUUAUUGGAAGUAUUGUGUUUGGCUCCCAGUGUCGGUGACACUUCUCCACAGACUGCCAAACUCUCGACUCGUGUCUGUAGUCCUGGACUGGCCAAAACACCUCAUUCAACUGUUCAUGUAAUGCUGUUUCUGCACAAAUUAAAAAAAAUCCAUGUUUGUAUGUGUUUGUGCGUGUGUGUGUGUGUGUAUAUAUGCACACACACACGCACAUUAAUUAACGUAUUCUGCAGGAAUGAUAAUCUUACACCUGUUUUUUCUUUCAAUUUAUAAUUGAACAAUGUUUCUAUUAAAUUAUUUUGUACAUAAA